GUGUGUGUGUGUGUGUGUGUGUGUGUGUGUGUGUGUGUGUGUGUGUCAGCGUCAGCUCAGCCCUUCCCUUCCUGCAGAAGUCAGCAGCUCCAUUUUGUGACCACUGAAAAAUUUCAGGAGUAAAAACAUAUGAACUGUAAUGAAAGUAAAAGUCAGCAGCUCCAUUUUGUGACGACUAAAAAAUAAAAGAUUUCAGGAGUAAAAACACAAAUGAUGGAGGGAAAGAGACCAGACUCGCCAGAACCCAGCUGUGCGUCCAUAAAGAGUGACCGGUCAAUGGGACAUCCAUUUAACUUCAGAGACAGAAACAGUUCUACUGAUGUGAGAAUGACGGAGGGAAAGAGACCAGACUCGCCAGAACCCAGCUGUGUGUCCAUGAAGAGUGACCGGUCAAUGGGACAUCCAUUUAACUUCAGAGACAGAGACAGUUCUACUGAUGUGAGACCAAAAAAAACAAACAUCAGCAGAAAUCAGCUGGACUCCAUAUUCAAGGAGCUGGAACACAAAGUUAUCUCUCUGAUAAAGAAUGAGCUGAAGAGGUUUAAGAAGCUCCUGAGUCCAGAUUACCCAGCAUGCACAGCAAUGGAGGAUGAGGAGGAUCUGCACAGUGUCAGAGAGGGAGUGCUGAAGAUCACAUUGCAUGCCCUGAAGAACAUGAACCACACAGAUCUCGCUAACACACUGCACAACAAGUCUGUAGGUUCUGUGUAUCAGACAAAGUUGAAGUCAAAGCUGAGAGAGAAGUUUAAAAGAAUUAAUGAAGGAAUCUCACAGCAUGGAAGCUCAGUACUUCUGAAUGAGAUCUUCACAGAGCUUUACAUCACAGAGGGUUGGAGUGGAGACGUCAAUAAUGAACAUGAGGUGAGACAGAUUGAGACAGCAUCCAGGAGACCAGCAACACAGGAGAAAACCAUCAAAUGUAAUGACAUCUUUAAAGACAAGUCCAUCAGAACUGUGCUGACUAAAGGAGUUGAUGGAAUUGGAAAAACAGUCUCUGUGCAGAAAUUCAUUCUGGACUGGGCUGAAGGAAAAGCAAAUCAGGACGUCACCUUCAUGUUUCCACUUCCCAUUACAGAGCUGAAUCUGAUGAAGCAGCAAAAUCUUAGUCUGAUGAAUCUUCUUCAUCACUUUUUCCCAGAAAUAAGAAAACUAGAAUCAAUACACUGUGACUCCUACAAAGUGGUGAUGAUCUUUGAUGGUCUGGAUGAGUGUCGACUUCCUCUAAAUUUCCAGCAGAAUGAGAUAUUGUGUGAUGUGACGGAGUCGGCCUCAGUGGAUGUGCUGCUGACGAAUCUCAUCAAGGGGAAUCUGCUUCCUUCUGCUCUCCUCUGGAUAACCACAAGACCAGGAGCAGCCAAUCAGAUCCCUCCUGAGUGUAUAGACCAAGUAACAGAGGUACGAGGCUUUAGUAAUCCUCAGAAAGAAGAGUACUUCAGAAAGAGGAUCAGUGAUCAGAGCCUGGCUAAUAAAAUCAUCACACACCUGAAGUCUUCAAGAAGCCUCUACAUCAUGUGCCACAUCCCAGUCUUCUGCUGGAUCUCAGCCACUGUUCUAGAGAGAAUGUUGGAUGAAGCAGAGGGUGGAGAGAUCCCCAAGACUCUGACUCAAAUGUUCACACACUUCCUGAUCUUUCAGGUCAAACACAAGGACCGAAAAUAUCAUCAGAAAUGUGACCCUGAUCCUCAGCAGACCAGAGAGAGUAUCCUGGCACUGGGAAAACUGGCUUUCCACCAACUGGAGAAAGGAAACCUGAUCUUCUAUGAGGAAGACCUGAGAGAGUGUGGCAUUGAUAUCAGAGAAGUGUCAGUGUACUCAGGAGUGUGUACCCAGAUGUUCAGAGAGGAGUUUGGGCUUCACCUGGGGAAGGUGUUCAGCUUUGUACAUCUGAGUGUUCAGGAGUUUCUGGCUGCUUUAUACACGUUUCUCUCCUUCAUCAGCGGAAAUGUAACAGAACAUCAAACCUCUGAUCUGUCUGAUCUUUUCAGGAAGUCAAACAUGUCUGAUCUCCUCAGGACUGCAGUGGACAAGGCCUUACAGAGUGAGAAUGGACACCUGGACCUGUUCCUUCGCUUCCUUCUGGGUCUCUCAUUGGAAUCCAAUCAGACUCUCUUACGAGGCUUAAUGCCACAGACAGGAAGCAGAUCUCACAGCAAACAGGAAAUAGUGGACUACAUCAAGGAGCAGAUCACAAAGAAUCCAUCUCCAGAGAAAUCCAUCAAUCUGUUCCACUGUCUGAAUGAACUGAAUGAUCAUUCUCUAGUGCAGGAAGUACAAACUUACCUGAACAGGGGAGGUAACAGAUGUCUCAGAGGAACCAGACUCUCUCCUGCUCAGUGGUCAGCUCUGGUGUUUGUGUUAAUGAACUCAGAAAAGGAGCUGGAUGAGUUUAAUUUGUGGAAAUAUGAUCCAUCAGAUGACUGUCUUCUGAGGCUGCUGCCAGUGGUCAAAGCCUCCAGAAAAGCUGUGCUGUGUAACUGUAAUCUGACAGAGGAAAGCUGUAGAGUUCUGUCCUCAGUUCUCAGCUCAAACUCCUCCAGUCUGAGAGAACUGGACCUGAGUGACAAUAAACUGCAGGAUUCAGGAGUGAAGCUGCUAUCUGAUGGACUGAAGAAUCCACACUGUACACUGGAGAAACUGAGGCUGUGUAACUGUAAUCUGACAGAGGAAAGCUGUAGAGUUCUGUCCUCAGUUCUCAGCUCAAACUCCUCCAGUCUGAGAGAACUGGACAUGAGUAACAAUAAACUGCAGGAUUCAGGAGUGAAGCUGCUAUCUGAUGGACUGAAGGAUCCACACUGUACACUGGAGAAACUGAGGAUGUGUGACUGCAGUAUUACAGAUGAAGGUUUUACUGCUCUGGCUUCAGCUCUAAGGUCAAACUCCUCAUCACACCUGAGAGAACUGGAUCUGUUCAAUAAUAAACCAGGAGAAUCAGGAGUGAAGCUGCUCUCUGAUCUACUGAAGGAUCCACACUGUAAACUGGAGACACUAAUCAUUAAGGAUGAGAAAUUCACCAGGUCUGGUGUAUUAAAGGGGUCUCUCAUCAGACCUUCUCCCAGGAUACAGUAUAUCCGUUAUGGUGGUGAAGCGCUAGAACACGUCCCACAUUUCCAGCAGUUUUGGAGCUGAAUCUUUCAUAUUCAAUUGUAGACGUUCCAUAACAGUAGCUGUGACUGAUCACAUCCUUUUAUUCUCUCAGCUACAACUUCACACUUUAACACAUUUUACAAUCAAGAGUCACAUCCUUUAGCAUCUACACACAACACAAAGAUAUCAUCACAUCAUCACACUGAUAACACUAAAACACAUAGAUGUGUAUUAGUGUUAUCAGUGUGAUGAUUGGGAACAUCAUCCACAUUGGGAACUUCCUCAGGAGUAUUUGGAUGAUGUCACAUGCUUGUCUCCGCUUACCUCCAAAUGUUUUAGCAACCUAGCUUUCUGUCCACUUGCCUCCAAAGGCAACACUAAUCCUUAUGUCCACUUGCCUCCAAAAAGCACUAUCCGUUGUGAAUACUUGCAUCGUCAAAGCCAACAUCAAAGUUUGUCGCGACAAACUUUACAAAUCUAGUUAUUUCUUAAUUUCCUUAUGACAUUUUUUAUCUUGGUUGCAUCUUGUUUUUAUAUAAUUUAACUUCUUUUUUUUCCCUUUUUCCACAAUAUAUUUUGCUUUAUUUCUUCAUCUUGCCCCCUCGAGUUCUGUUUUCAAAAACUUUCUUCACUUUCUCCUCUAUAUAUCCCAGUUCUUCUACUAUUUCUUUUAUCUUUUUUUUUUAUAUUUUUGUUCUCUUUGCCCAGUUCUUUCUCCCAUUCUACAAUAUUUAAUUUAAAAUGUAACAUUAUCUUCCUCAUUCAUUUCCUUUCCUUUUGCUUUUUCUAUAAUUUCUCUAAUCUUAAAAACAGUAGUUUUUCUUUAAACUUUCUGUAUUUAGAAUCCAUACAUCUUGUUCCCUUUCUACAUUAUUCCAAUAUUAAAAAAUAAAAACUUAUGAUCACUCAAACUUCUUUCCUUAUAUCUGAUUUUGUCUAUAAAGUUUUCUACAUUUCUUGUACAUAAAAUAAAUACAAUCCUUGUUCUACAA